AAUAACUAAUGAUUAGAUGCAGGGAUUCUGCUUCCCAAAUGUCUCAUUUGCGAGUGACAGCUGAAUCUGAGGACUAGUCUGGCUGCUGCUCCUCCAACUAGAAAACAUAAUGACGUCCUGGUGCGUCCUUGCUUUUCUCUUUUUGGCACAUCUGUGCUGCGGCGCUCUGUCCUGCCCUCCACUUUGCAAAUGCUACCAGAGAAGAUCUGAGGUGGUCUGUAAUGAGGUCCCCCUGACAGAGUACCCCUCAGAGGGUCUCUCAAAGUCCACCACCAUGCUGACCAUCCAGUCCACGAACAUCACCUCCAUCUCCGAGGAGCAGCUGAACGCCACGCCCCUGCUGCAGGAGCUCCACCUGUACGCCAACCACCUGCACAGCCUCUCCGCCCAUCUCCUCAGAGGUGUUCCUCACCUCAACACCUUGGAUCUCACAGGGAACCGACUGUUUGACCUGCCCGCGCGCGUUUUCGACCACGCGCCGCUCCGCAACUUGGUGCUGAAGGACAACGCGUUUGAAAAAGCCGAUGCCGAGUGGCUACCUGAAAACGGCAGCGUCACCUGGCUGGACCUAUCCGGGAACCGUUUGACCGAGGCGCCGACGGCGCUGCUCCAGAAGCUGCCCCACCUGGAGAACCUGGAACUCGCCAAUAACCGCCUGGAGCAGCUCUCUGCAGAUUCUCUGGCCAAGUUGACCAAACUCGAGAGGUUAAACCUGCGCGACAACAAGAUGAACAACCUGGAUGCAUCUGUACUUCAGAGCAACCGUAACCUCACUUAUCUGUUCCUCUCUCGGAAUAACCUCAGCACACUCCCCCAAAAGCUUUUUCAGGAGCUCGCUGAGCUCAAAGUCCUGACUCUGGAUGAAAACCAGCUGAGCCACAUCCCGGCAGGUUUGCUGGAUCCUCUGAGCUCCCUGGACCAGGACGGGCUGGACCUGACCUCCAACCCCUGGGUGUGUAAUGGGAAGGUGAAGUACCUCUGGAGGUGGCUUCAGAAGAACGUGAAGAAGGUCUUCCUGCCAGAGACCGUCCUCUGUGCGGGACCGCCGUCUCUGCUGGGACGCUCACUCAUGUCACUUACAGAAAGCGACCUUGAGUCUUAGUGUCUUCCAUUGUCAUACUGCAUAUUAACUGACACGGUGAUAUACCAAAACCUACGCUUUUGUGUAUGUAACGUGAAUGUGUAAUAAAAAACGCGUAUGAGUAAAGACAACCUACUAUAAUA